AUGAGAGAUGAUGAGUCAAUCACUGAAUUUCAUGCUAGAUUAUGUGAUAUUACUAAUGAACCUUUUACUAUAGGUGAAACUUAUUCAGACUCCAAGCUUGUAAGGAAGGUGCUCGGAGCUCUCCCUAGGAAGUUCAAGUCAAAAGUUACUUCCAUUGAGGAAUGUCAUGAUAUUGAUACCCUUGAUUUGGAUAAGAUGAUUGGAUCAUUGCAGAACUAUGAACUCACUAUAAAAAGGUGGUCUAAAGAAAAGAAAGAAAAAAGAGUUUCUAGUGGAGUUGCUUUAUCACACCAAGUUGACGAAAAUCUUUUUGUGGGAGAUUCCCUUGAGAAUUUAGAUGAGGAGAAGGUUGCACUACUCACCAAAAAUUAUGCUAAGUUUUUGAGAAACAAUAUGAAAAAAGGCAGCAAUGAUUUCAAAGGAGAAAACUCAAGAAAACCACCAAAUUUUCCUCGAAAGACUACUCAUAUGGGAGAAAAGAGAAAUCCAAAGGGUAUUCAAUGUCGUGAGUGUGAAGGCUUUAGGCAUAUACAGGCUGAGUGUGCAAACACUUUGAAGAAAAAAGGAAGAGCUCUGGCAUCAACCUGGAGUGACAGUGAAGAGGAUCAAAAUGCUGCAGAAGAUGAUAGUUCGGAUUUGGAAGAAAACUUUGUUGCUUUCACUGUUAAGAAAUCAGAAACACCAUGUUUAGACAAUGACUCAGAUGGAGUGUGUAGUGAUGAGGGUGACUUGGACCAGCAAACUUCCUAUGAACAAAUGUAUAAUCAGUGGGUUAGCGUGAUAAAGAAGGCUAAAAGUAUGGAGAUUAAAGUGGGAGAACUCGAAGAAGAAAGGAGAAACUUGUUAGGAAAAGUUGAUUUUCUCACUUUAGACAUUGAAGAGAAGAGGGUUGCUCUAGAAGAAAUCCAGGAGAAGCUGGACUAUGCUAAUAAAACUAUUGAGACAUACACUGUUGGUCAAGAUUUAUUUGACAACAUGAAGGUAAUCGGGCAGUUUUCCAGAGAGAAACAUGGAGUUGGUUUCAAUCAACCACUGGCUAUCAAAAAGAAGGAUCUUCCAAGUUCAUCUCAAAAAGUGCCUCCCAUUCACCCUUCACUUCUUGCUACUCCUAAAAAUUCUCCAGCCACAGCAAAAUUUAUUCCUAUAUGCCAUUUUUGUGGAAAAAUGAGUCAUAUUCAUCCAAGAUGUUACAAGUUGAAUUUCUACUUGCCUCGUCUUAUAAACAUCUCUAAAGAUAAGCCUCAAGUCUCUCUUGUUGGAAGAAAACAGUGGAGACCUAAGAAUGCUCAUACUAAGGCUCUUGUAGUUCAUACUUCUCUACUGGCUUGUAACAGCGAUCAGUGGUACUUUGACAGUGGGUGUUCUUGCCAAUUGACCGGAAACAAGCAUCUUCUCACUAAUCUUUUGUCUUAUGUUGAGGGAUAUGUCACCUUUGGUGAUGGAAGCAAACGUCGGAUCAUGGGAAGAGGGAAGUUACAUUUACAUGGUUUACCUCCUCUGAAAAAUGUACUCUAUGUUGAAGGUUUGAAGGCUAACUUGAUAAGUGUUAGUCAAAUUUGUGAUGAAGGGUGCACGGUUCUUUUCUCUAAGACUGACUACACUGUUGUUUCAACAUCUAGAAUCCAUGUCUUAACAGGGAUUAUAUCUAAUGACAAUUGUUAUCUCUUGAGCACUAACUUAGUGUGCAAUGCGGCAAAGAUGGAUGAAACUGAAUUGUGGCACUACAAGUUAGGUCAUCUUAAUUAUAGAGAUCUCAGCAAACUUGUGAAAUUAAAAGCGGUUAGUGGUAUUCCUAACUUGGCUCCAUUGAAAGACAAAGUGUGUGGUCCUUAUCAACUCGAUAAACAAGUCAAAAGUAGUCAUCCUCCCUUGAAAUUUCAGGUUACUUCCCAAGAUUUGGAGCUGCUUCAUGUUGAUUUAAUGGGUCCUAUGCAAACAGAAAGUCUGAGUGGCGAAAGAUAUGUUAUGGUGUGCGUGGAUGAUUACACUAGAUUCUCUUGGGUUAGAUUUCUUAGAGAAAAAUCUGACUCUUUUGAAAAUUUCAAGGGACUGUACCUCUCUUUGCAAGCUAGAAAGGGUGAAAAGGUUAAGAAAGUGAUUCAUCUUAGAAGUGACCAUGGCAAGGAAUUUGAGAACAACAUCUUUGCUGAUUUUUGCAACCAAAAAGGGAUAGCUCAUGAGUUCUCAGCGCCAAAAACUCCUCAGCAGAAUGGGGUUGUGGAAAGGAAAAAUUGA